CUUCGAUGAGUGAUACCUCUUCUUGUUUUGAAGAGGUUUGAAUGGAAUGGUUGAUUGACGAGCAGUCACGUUUUGUCUCAAGUAUAUAUUCAAACACGUGAUUGUACCGUCUCCAUUGCCUUCUCUUUUGAGAUCGCUUUCCUUACUAUAAUUAUUCUCUACGGCUUAAAUAAUUGGAAUUUCCGAACAAAAUUGGGCUGGGUAGAUGAAGCCGUUAUCCAAAAUGUAUUUGUUGUAUCUCGAGGUCCUGAAGACGUGCAAGCUGGGGGACGCUGUCAUUAUCAAAGGAAAAUUCAACCUGAGGGUACAGAAACGACAUCUCCGAGUUAUAGCAGGAGCUUUUAGAUCAAAGUAAUUUUACUGAAGGAAGCGACGCAUUGGAGGGCUCGCAAUGUCUUCAUUAACAUCAGGACUCAAUGGAGACUCGCGCCUUCCCAAAAUGAAAUAUUCAUAGCACUUCAAAAUGCUCAGGCAGCUCGUCUGUACCAAGUAUUUCAUCUCUAUUCACAUCAACUACAAAUUUUGGACACAAUAUCGUCGUUCGGGAAUCGUAAUCCCAUUUUUGGACCUUCAUGUAUUAUCAGUCUAUAAAGGACCUCCUGCGGACUAAGAUCUGUUCGCAAAAUCCGCCAACAUACAACUUCGACCAUGAGUAUGAUUUGUUACUCAGCACAUCCCCGAGCGUAUACGAGGUUGAAUUCGAUCUAUGGGCGAAAUACUGUAUGUUCUGAGCUACCAAACACUGAUACACUCCCGUUGACCAAUUGCAGGUGUUCCGGAUGGUUGUCGUCCGAGGACAACCUUUCCUGGCAAAUUCCUCGAUGUCAACGAGACGGAUCACCAUAAUGCAGCACUGGCACUCUUAUUAUUGAGUGGCAACUCUGCAGGACGGGACCUGAAUUGCAUCAACAAGUCACCACCAGGAUAUGCUCUCAAAAAACAACGUGCCGUUUUGGAUGCACAGCAGGGUUUGUUGAAAUAUGCUAUUAUGAAACAGCAAGAAGAGUCGCAAGAAGUUCUGGUGGCAGCUGGUAUUUUGAUGGCUAAGGGACAGACAACGGACACAGUCUUCCCCACAGAGCCUCUUGUCGAAAAACCAGACAAAUGUGUUAGGUUUGGUGAUGUGGCAGCAAGCAAUGAAGAAACUGGGAAGAGUAAUGAUUUGCAGGGUCUCGUUUCUGGUGCUUCACCCCGUUCUGGGGGAGAAUAUUCAGAGUCAAUGAGAUGCCGUGAAGCACAAUCUGGACCAACUGAGUCUCCUGGACGCCCCGAGGGAACCCAGCAGCAUCUGGAGAAUCAUCCUGCUCACAAAAAGUCAAGCAUUAUGGCGACUGAAAUAUCCCCACGAAGCCUGAGUAGAACGCAGGCGAAUUUGCCCAAGGCUGUUCAGAAAUGUGGAAGCAGCGACGAGCGAUCAACUACAGACUUACCGACACAGCAACGAGCAAAGACAACGAAGCUGAAACGAUCCCACACAAGUAUAGCCAACAACACCGCGAUUUCCCGCAAGAGUCCAAGAAAGAGGGGAAGUGACAAAUCUCAGUUAUCGAAUGAUAACGUCCCUAAAAAUACGUUUGAAGCGGAAGAUGAACUCCCACUAGCUAUAAGAUUUCGCACGCGUCAACAUCUAUUGAAUUCCAAGGAAGCGGUGGAAUCUGAAGUACGGCGUAACCCCUCGAAGUAUUCUAGCGAGAGUUCGCUUAGUACACUCAGUUCGUCAACUCCUUCCCCUCCACAGUCCAGGGGAACCACGAAAGAGCCUGUUGAGGAGGGCAAAACCGGUGACAGUGAUGGUGAAAGUGCACAUGAUUCUUUUCUGUCCUCAAAUGCAAAUGUAGCCGGCGUUUCCGCGUCACUAUCCUCCGCAGGUACUCCCUGGGGUUCUUCGAUUACGCCUGUGGCAGUUGCCUUGACUGCUCCGUUCUCACCUGUCUCAAGUAGACCCAAGUCCUAUAGCGAAGAGACGAAAAUUCCAACCUAUCCUCUCAUACCUAUCACUUCGCCAAACUCAUGCAUUAAUCAUUCUGUACAGAAACCCCCUUCCAAAGCAGUCAGUGAAGACGAUGAAGGUGAUUAUGAGCUCGAUGAUGCUAUGAAUAUAGAUGUGGAUGAGCCAAGUGAACCAUCAUCUUCAGACAAAGAUGACGAAGAUUACACAGAUUCAGAUCCACCCCCGAAGAAAAAGAAGAAAUCCCCUGGAAUCAUCAUCGAUGACUCUGAGUCCAAUGAAGAUACACUUCCCAAGUCAACACAUCGGAAAUUCCAGGCCGGUAAGAAGAGCGUACCAAAACAAAGAUCAAUGCUUGCCAAAUCGCGAAAGCAACAUAGUAGGUCGCAACCUUUCGAUAUUGAUAACUGCGACUCAGGAGAACGUGCACUUCCAGCAGCUAAGCCAAUAAAUCGAGAAACCCUCGAUUUCCUCCUUUACCAUAAGAAAGGUGAACCAUCAGAGCCAAGGAUGCGUUCAAAGCCCACAAUUCCCCCCGAAAACCCUUCCAAAGACCGGUUCCAGGAACAAGACCCAAAACCACCGAGAAUUUCACCCGAUUCCGACGAUAAUAGCGUGCAAAAUAUCCCCAUCUCUUCUCCUCUGAAACGUACCUACAAAGGCAAAGAAAAAGCAACUUCAACCCCCCUCAUUCCCUCCAAACCAAACCAAACACCACAAAACUCCAAAAUCAAUAACCCGCCUCAAUCUCAAAACAGCCGUCGAAAGAAGCGUGACGGAAGAAUCACCUGCCCGAAGUGUAACACGGGAUUCAUCAUCUUGAUCGAAGGGGAUGAUGAGCGGAACUAUCUGAAAGACUUUCGAAGGAAGGGGAAGCUGGUGUGUUGUCCUGAGUGUACGUCUUUUGGGACGACGCCGAAGGUUGCGGCGCUUUUGAAGGCGAAGGCGCUUGAGGGGUUGCAGUUGUGGGAUGAUUGGAAG